AUGUGCUGGACCGAAGAACAUGAUAAAGGUCUUGUCAGGGAAAUCAUUGCCCAUACCCCUUUUGAUGGCCCUACAAAAAAGGGCACACCAGCUCAGGGAGCAAAGUGGAAUGCGGUGAUAAAUAAGCUACUGCAAAUAAUAGAAACAAUCUUUCAAGGUUGGUUUAGAGCAAAAGGCAGUGAGUAAUCACUACAACUUGCUAGCACUAAAGCACAGACAAAAGAUAAAGGAGGAGGAGAGGGCCAGUGGGGUAAGCAUCCCAGAACUGACAGAAUUAGAGAAGGGGUUGGAGAUACUUGUAGAGUGGGAGGAUGCUACUGACUUUGAACAGAAGCAAACAGCAGCCCAGAAGAAGAGGGCCAGGGAGGAGAAGAUGAAUGCUGAAGAAGUCAGAAAUAGACCCAUGGAGAGCCGAGGGGCAAACAAAAGGCAAGGAGAGGAAGGGGCUGAAAACAGCAAGGGGCUAAAAAAGAGAAGGUCCUCUGGGGCUGACACACUUGAGCAUCUGAAAGAACGUAAUGAGAGAAUAGAUGCAAUUAAGCACGAAGAGAUAGAGUUGAGGAGGGAAGAGCUAAGGCUGCAGGCAGCACAGCAGGAAGCAGCAAUACAGCAGCAGCAGCUCCAGCUGGAGGCCCAGCAGAGGCAGUUUCAGCAGUUCCAGACCAUGAUGCUCUCCAUAACUUCAAAACACAAGGAGUAG